AAGGAAUAUAUAUUUCUGAAAAAAGCUUUUUAUUAUCAUUUUUAUAAAAAUCUUGAGGAUUUCUCAUCUUAUCUCCUCCUAAGAAGUCAUUUACCAUCCCUCUACAAACAAAAAAAAAAAUCUAGAGGCAAUGAUGCAAACAAAAAUUUCUACUUUCUCUCGACCAAGCUUAACUCUCCAUGAAACAAGAGCAGUUCAUCAUCCUCGUAUCUCCAUGGCUCUAUGCUCCUCUUCCUCCUCCUCAUCACCAUCGCCUUUUCACCAUCUUCUCUGCAGGUCCACCUUUCCUCUCGCUGCCUCACUCACCCUUCUCCUCUCUCCUUGCGUCGCCGAAGCAGGCUUAAUGUCCGGAAGUCCCGGAAUAGAAUCAAUUCCCGGUCCUGAAUUACCAAAGCUCGAGUUCGUUGACCGUUUCAAUGCUAAGAACCAGAAGUUCUACGCUGAAAAUGAUUCAAGGUUCAAAGAAUCUCCAAUACUCAAGAAGCUACUCGAGAACUCCAAACUAAACAAAGAAAAGAAUGAAAAAGCUAUUCAAGACAAGUAUUGUCUAAGAGGAGCAGAGUGGGGAGUAGGAGACUGUUCAACCAAUGGAAUGACAGAUGAAGAGAAGGAGCAAUUCAUCACAAUGUUGAAGAAGAAGACUGGUCUUGAAUAACAUUUUCAAAAUCACAGUUAUUUAUGUUGAAUUAGAGUCUAGAGAAUGAGAUAAUCUAUGCUAAUGUAGAUCAAAUCAUUUUGAUAUCCACGAGAGAAAGUGAAGCAAUAUCAUUCACAACUACUGAUUUAUCUAUCAGCUCCAGGGCCUUCAUCUUCUUUAUCAGCAUCAACCGCCACAAUGUCCUCUGGUUUCUUCUCGUUGGCCACAAACAGCUUGAAGACAUGAAAGGCCUCUCUAUCUGAAUGUUCUUGAUUGGUUCUCUAAGUAGAUUCAUCAUGAUUCUAAAAUUAUCCAUCAACACAUGUCUCUUCAUAAAGUAGCUUCCUCUCUCCAGCAACCUCGUGUUGUACUCUAUCAUCUUAAGUAACUCCGUACAAUCUGUUUCAAAGAUAACGAAAUGGAUGUUUUUAUCACACAGCU